GUGGUAUGGGAAAAACGACUCUUGCCCAACUAGCUAGCAAUGAUGUUGAUGUGCAGGCCCCUUUUGAAACGCGAAUAUGGGUAUGUGUUUCUGAUCCUUUUGAUUAGAUUAGGAUUGCCAAAGCAAUCAUUGAAUCUAUUGAUGGUUAAUCCCCUAAAAUUACCGAAUUACAAAAUCUAGUAAUUAGAAUUUGUGAUUUGAUAAGGGGAAAGAAGUUUUUUCUUGUCUUAGAUGAUGUGUGGUCUGAAAAACCCAAUGAUUGGGAGCCAUUCGAACUUGCACUCAAAUGUGGCGCUCAAGGUAGUAGAAUUUUGAUCACCACACGUAAGGAGGGAGUUGCAAAGAUGGUAAAUAGUGCUUAUACCAUCAAUUUGGAGGUACUGUCUGAUGAAGACAGCUGGUUGAUAUGCAGUCAAAUGGCAUCUGUUGACAAAGACGAUGAGCAACUAGGAAAACUUGGUCGAGAACUAGCAAAUAAGUGUAAGGGCUUGCCACUAGCUGCAAAGAUUCUAGGGAGUGUCAUGGGCAGCCAAAGAAGUAGGCAAAAAUGGAAGACUAUUUUGGACAGUAAUUUAUGGGAAUUAGAAGAUGUUCAAAAUGGUGUUUUAGGACCAUUAUUAUUUAGUUAUAAUGAAUUGCCGUCACCAAUAAAGCAAUGCUUCUUGUAUUGUGCUAACUUUCCAAAGGAUUAUCUCUUUUCUAGAAAUGAGUUGGUCUACCAAUGGAUGGCACAAGGAUAUUGUGGCUCAAAAUCUAAUAUGGAGGAUAUGGGAGAAAGGUACUUUGAAAAAUUAGUUAUGCACUCAUUCUUCCAAGAUUUUGAGAAAGACGACAAUGAUGAUGAUAAGAUAAUAAGAUGCAAAAUGCAUGAUAUGGUGCAUGACUUUGUCCUAUCAAUGACAACAAAUGAAUGCUUCACAAUUGAUGUUGACAAAGUGUUGGGGAUAGAUUGGAAGAGUGCUCGCCAUUUGACAUUAGAAUUUAAUAAGGAAACACAAUUUCCAGUAUCUAUCUAUAAUGCAAAAAAUCUACGGACUCUUUUUCUACAAACUCAUUUUUUUGAAAGAUCAAGCAUGGUCUUCUCAUCUGAUUUAUUCCAGCAUUUGACAUGUCUCCGGUCAUUGAAUUUGAAAGAUAGUUCCUUUGAGAAAGUUCCAAAUGAAGUGGAAAAAUUAAAACAUUUAAGAUUGCUCAAUUGAUCACAUAGUGAGAAAAUUACAGAAUUACCUGAAAUGUUGUGUAAUUUAUGUAAUUUACAAACUUUGGAUAUUAGUUGUUGUGUUAAAAUUAGGAAAUUACCCCAAGGAAUGGGUAAAUUAAUUAAAUUAAGACAUCUUCUUAUUGAUGAUUGUUAUGGAUUGAGCGAACCCUUUCCAAAAGGGAUUGGGAGAUUGAGAUCUCUUAGAACAUUAGAGAAAUUCAUAAUAGGUGGUAUAAACAAUGUUGGGGAAUGUAAACUUGGAGAGUUUAAGAAUCUAGUCCACCUUAAAGGGUCUCUUGAGAUAGGAGGCCUGGAAAACGUAACAGAUGUACAAGAGGCUGAUAAUGCACAACUAAAAAAUAAGAUACACCUCCGUAAGUUGAGAUUACGGUUUGGUGGGCGAUUUGGGCGAGUUGAUAAUAGAAGAGGGGAGAAUGAUGAAUUAGUUCUUAAUGCGUUGGAGCCACAUCCAGAGUUGGAGAGUUUAUGGAUUUAUGGGUACGGGGGUACAGGGUAUCCUAAUUGGUUGAUUUCUUUGACCAUUUUGAAAGAGCUUGAGCUUGAUUCGUGUGAUAAUUUAGAGCAAUUGCCUCCUCUGGGGAAGCUGCGUUUCCUCGAAUCAUUAUCUAUACGGGCUUCCUUUAGUGUGAAAAAGGUGGGUGUUGAAUUUUUGGGAAUAGAAUCCAAUAGGAAGAAGGAUGAGGAGAUGGGAUCAACAUCAACAUCAUCACUUAUCUUAUUCCCUAAUUUGAAAUUUCUCCAAUUUGAGGAUAUGAAAGAGUGGGAAGAAUGGGAUGGGAUUGGAGGAACAAUGAGAGAAGAAGAAGCACAAGAAAGUGGUGUUACUAUCACUAUUAUGCCACGUCUUCAGAAUUUGAAAAUUUUUAAUUGCCCCAAGCUGAAGUCACUGCCAGACUUCCUUCCUACAACUCCAUUGAAGACAUUGGAGAUCUGGUUGAGUCCAAUUCUCGGUGAAUGUUGCCAAACACUAACAGAGAUAGGAGAUCAAUGGCCCAAGAUUUCUCAUGUACCCAACAUCAGCAGUUGUAAAUGAACUGUGCGAAGAGAUGGUCGUCCAAUGCAAACUUGAAUCUCAGUUCGAUUGGGGCUCUGCAAGUCGCAUCCAUUCAGAUAAGUUGCACUUGCUUGGAGUAAAUGGAACUUGAAGAGGGACUCUUGAUCUACGUGGUAAUGAAAUUCGGGUUGGCGCGAAUAUUGGUUUUCUUGUUGCAAAGGAAACUAGAAGGCGUGCAUUCAAAGAUAUUGUGGCUGGACCCCCAUAAAACAUUGAUAGUGGAACUCUGGUAAUCAUAUGCUUUGUUUAACCUGUGCAUUGUUACAAAGUCUUUUGGUUCUGACACUCACAUGGAUGAGGCCUAACAUGCUGUAUUGAUGCCCAUGUUUGAAGUUGUAAGCAUUGAGAAGGAUUUGCACGCUGCGGUGCAUAUUUUGAGAAAGGGACUCGAUGGGGCAUUUUGUCAUAUAAAUUUGCAAGCAAUGUUAUCCUGAGUAUUUGUGGCUAGAGAAUUCAAGGUAGUGAGGGAUAUAUUGAAAGCUUUUUUCAUUGAUCAAUGUCAUUUUUGUAAUCCUUUUACAAUACACUAAAUUUAAAAUUUUGAAUUCGCUCUUACGGUCCAAGUGUCCGCAAAUUUUACAAUUAGCCACUUAUUUGCAUAUACGUGAAAUUGAAGGCCAUAAAGUACAGGCUGUGGUAUUGUGUAUCUCAUUCAACAUAUAGUCUUGAACAUUUGGUGAAGCACAUUUUAAAUUGGUGGGAAUUAAUAAGCAACGAUGUACCUCAGAAAGCCAUUUCUUACAUUCUGGUACAAGUACAGUUGAUUGAUAAAGCUCUACACAGUCAAAUGACAGAGCUCCAAAGGGCAAAAUGGAAAAUCUCUAUGCUUUAUUCGUAGACACAACAGAGUUGGUUGAUGAAACUCCAUUAACAUAUCAUAGGCGCAUCAAUGUAGCAUGUCAUGGAGUUCAAGAAACAAUAUUGUGAAGCAGUGGCACACAGCACACCAAGAAAUUUAUGACCAGUGAACUCAGUUUUCAAUUUGAGCCUAGAAUUUGCAUCCAACAUUUACAUGUAAUUCCAGAUUUUUGAACCUUUUUUGUGCUGUGACUUGUGUAUAGCAAUGAAGCUUUCGGGAGUAUGCAUUUUUUUUUUCCAUCAUCCUCCUUUGACAUGCAUGUGAUGCUACUCAUUGAAAUUUUUUUGUAAACUUGCUUUCAUCUGGAUUGUUGAUGGUGUCCAAUAUGGUUGUGGUUUUACUGCGGUGAACUAUUUGAUGUUCA